AUGUCUUCAAGUAGAUUAAUCAAAUUGAUUCUUGAUGACUCUGACUCCAACGAUGAUUUGGAGACAGCAAUAGCAUUCGUAGAUGGAGAGUUGCUCAACAAAAGGAGAUGGAUACUACGUCAAGGCUCAAUACAAGAAACCCAUGACCCGUACUUUGUCCAAAGAAGGAAUGCAACUAGAACUCUUUCUUUGUCUUCUCUACAAAAAAUUACUGCUUCUUUGAGGAUGCUUUCAUACGGAGUUGCAGCAGAUUUUAUUGAUGAAUACAUAAGAAUUGGUGAAAGCACUGCAAUUGAGAGUUUAAAAAGAUUUGUUAAGAGUAAAUGGAAAAAUUGUCCAGAGGCGUGGAAAGGAAUGUGCAUUGGGCAUGUUCGUGAACCAACUAUAAUUCUUGAAGUUAUAACUUUCCAUGAUCUUUGGAUAUGGCAUGCAUUUAUUGGCUUGCCAGGAUCACAUAAUGAUAUAAAUGUUUUAGACAUCUCAUUUUUAAUCAAAGACCUUGUUAAACGUCAUGCUCUCCCAGCCAACUACUGA